AUGGCAGCAAAGCCGUUUGAAAAUGGGCCGCAUGGUCAACAUGCGGUAGCAAGGCCCCUUGGGCCACGCCAGCCAGUUCCUCAGCCCAACCCUGAUACACGGCACCCAGUGCAUGGACCCCAAGGACCAGGGCCCCAUCUGACCGAACAUCCGCCCCAUCGUGUGCACCAGCCUCGACCCUACUUCUACGUGCAGCCUAUGCAGCCCCCUCCUCCUCCCCUCUACCACUACCAGUGGCCAAUGCCCUACAACCCAUACUCUGGCUUUCCAGGGAUGGGUAGGCUUUAAUCCUUUUUCAUACUCCGUAGUAUAAAUGCUAUGAAAUAUUCAGUCUGGGAGUAUAAAGUAAUAUUUAUGAUAAGUAAACAAAAUGUUUGUUCUGAUUAAUCUACCACAUUGUACAAACUCAAAUGUACACCUCCAUAAUUUGAGGAACCCCAUGUUUUUCAGCUGUCUAUUUUUAUUUAAACAAUUGAUUCAAUACAAUCCAAUGAUACUCAUCCCUUCUAAUUCUGUCUUUAGGUUACGGUAUGCCGGGUAUGGUUAUGCCACCGUUCCCUCCCCACCCAUACAUGGAGGCUCCGGGUUAUUUUCUUCCACAUGCCCAGCUGCACCCUGCGGAGUACAGACGAUACCAGUUCCCUCCUGCUGCCAUGGUCUACCAGAACCACAACAAUAGGUCGAGAACGUUUUACCAGAACACCACACCCAGAGAGACUGUCAACUCCGAAGUACAGACUGAACCACCACCUGAAGCGGAGAAAGACUGUGCCCCCUCGGCUGCCCCUCUGGCUGGGUCAGACUCUGGAAGAGGCACCGACUCUACCAACUCCACCACCCCAUCCUCGCCAAGCUCCAAUGCAGAGAAACAGAGAUGCCCAGAGGAAGAACCUAAUUCCCCCAUUGCCUCCAAAACUGGAUUCCAGGGGAUGGUGAGGGGCCAGGGUACUGGCACAGACCCACCUGCAGGAACGAAGACCAUCCACUCACGUAGGACCUCCAUAGAGGAACUGGGGAAGCCCGUCCAUGGUGGAGGCCACCUAGUGCAUCAUGUGUGGUCAGUCUGCUCUGCCGAUGGCAUGGUCCCGAUGUGUAGCUCCUCUGACCAGGAGGAUGAGGUUAUCAUGGCUGAGAGGCGUGUGUCCUCCUCCUUCCCAGAUGUGUUGAUGGGUGGAGGGUCGCCAUCUUCCAAAAUGGAGGGGGCACCCAAAUGUGGUCAGACUCUCACCCAAGAAAUGACACAUGAGAAUACCACAGAGGGCUACAACGUGGUCAUGACAGGAAGCUGUGAAGGCUUUCCGAACUUAGAGAAUGGUCACUACAAAAUACUGAAGCUACCUUUUAUCUUUCAUGACUUGAUGACUGAGUCAAAGGUGAAUGAGUCUGUGCGGUCAAUGGAGUCAAUGGCACCAUAUGUCCCUUCUACAGAGUGGCUGAUACAGAAUGAACUGAUGGAGCCAGAAGAUGUGGCACAGGAGUCGUCUGAGAAAGUGUCAGAUGAUCAAAGCCAGAUGUCAUUUCAUUAUAGGCAGGUACCGGAAAAGUUGAAUGAGUCAGUAUGGUCAGUGCAGUCUUUGGCCCCGUAUAUCCCCUCCAAAGAAUUGCUGAUAGAGAAAAAAUCUGAUCCUGCUAACGUCAGUCAAGGCCUCCGAGCCAGUCAGGUCAUGGCUAUAACAGAGAGGAGGAGAAGUCGGAGGUUUUCGCUGACUUUAGAAAACUUGAAAGAGGCUGAGAAAAUGUCUGACGAGAAUGCUACUCCAUGCCAGGAGUCAUUCCAUUAUAGCCAAAUACAGAGAAAGGCUAAUGAGUCUGUUUGGUCAGUGCAGUCUUUGGCGCCGUAUGUCCCCUCCAGAGAGUGGCUAAUACAAAAUGAGGUUCUGGAUCCUGAAGAGGAGACUGAGAAAGAAUCUGAUGUGAAUGUCAGUCAAGGCCUCACAGCCACCCAGGUGUUGGCUAUAACCGAGAGGAGGAGAAGUCAAAGGUUGUCCCUGUCAUCGGUAGACUCUCUUCCCCCUUAUGUUCCCUCUUCCUGUUGGCUGGCCGACAUGGGAAAUGUGUACUACUAUAGCAAGCUCCCGCUAGGAUCUGAAGAGAAUAAGCACGUUAUCCGCACGCCAAUGGAUAAAUUCACCCCAUCAAAGGGGCCAAACAUGAACUCCGAAUCUCUGCCCAGCAGCAAAAGGGAGAGCAAACUUCGACGCAACCUACACAUGGAGCCUGUGGAAAUAGCCAAUGUGGAUGGUUCACCUAUUCUGCUCUCAAGCAAAAGUGCAAUGAUCCCAAGUCUUGAAGGAUCAUUGAAUAGCACUCAAGGGUCACUGAAACCCAAGGCUCAAUGUAGCCCAAAUCUGAAGGCUCAGGAAAUUACAGAGCACAGGGCCCAGAGCCCUCCCUGCUCUCCAGAUGACCCUGAAACAUAUGCCUCCAAAUGUAUGGCAGGAGACAAAGAGUCUGUUUACAGUUGUCCAGGUCCCUGCAACCAGGAAAUGGAGACUGAAGAGAAGGAGCCUGCUGUACCCAGUCGACAGGGCUGUGAGCAGCUGAUCACAGAUGUUAGGAUGCUAACGGCUCCUUCCUCAAACAGACACUUCAAGGUGUGUGGUCUGAAGUGUUCAAAGCUACAGGAGAGGAACUGCUCCUGUCAGGAGCCAAAGCUAAACGUAGGGAGUUUCAAGAAGAGCCCCACAGGCAGACUGAAUGAGGGAAAUGUGGCCCCUGAUCUCCUCAAGCCUCAGGAGCAGCAGUGUCACAUUUCACAGAAUCAGCAACAACAGAUUGGUAAGAGGGCAAAGCCUGCUUUUUGAAAAUGUCUGAACUUUGUCUGAAUUACUGUAGGAUUUUGAUGUAUUCUCAGUGGUGGGAAAAAGUACCCAAUUGUCAUACUUGAGUAAAAGUAAAGAUACCUUACUAGAAAAUGACUCAAGUGAAAGUCACCCAGUAAAAUACUACUUGAGUAAAAGUAUUUGGUUUUAAAUAUACUUAAGUAUCAAAAUUAAGUGUAAAUAAUUUCUUAUAUUAUGCAAACCAGACAGCACAAUUUUAUUGUUUUUAUUAUUAUUUGCAGUUAGCCAGGGGAACACUACAACACGCAGACAUCAUUUACAAAUGACGCAUUUGUGUUUAAUGAGUCCACCAGAUCAGAGGCACUAGGGAUUAUCAGGGAUGUUCUCUUGAUAAGUGUAUGAAUUGGACCAUUUGCCUGUCCUGCUAAGCAUUAAAAAUGUAACUAGUACUUUUGGAUGUCAGGGAAAAUUAAUGGAGUAAAAAGUAAAAGUUGUCAAAUGUAAAUAGUAAAGUACAGAAAAAAAACGACAAGUAGUACUUCAAAGUAUUUUUACUUAAGUACUUUACACCACUGUGUAUUCUUGCACAUUUGAAACAAUGCUGGAAAAUGACACUAAUGUACAUUUUACCUUUCUCCUGCAGAUUCCAGGAGAGCAAACAAGGCCAGGCCUAGUCAUGAAUCUGGUGAAAAUGGAUAUGGCCCAAACAAUAACUCAAAGAAACGGAGACCAUGGCAAAAUGGACCACCGGGUAUGUUCGACAUAUCAUUAUUUUCCACUGUGUUGGUGUUUUCAAUGCUGAAUACAUGAUGGUGUUAUUGGUUUCGUCUACAGAUAGAACACAGGCACAGACUAACCCAUCAAACUCCUUUGGACAGCGGAACACCCAGAGGAAUGGCUACCAAGAACCCUGUAAUGGGUAUUAUGGCAGAUCUGGAAAAACAAGAGGCA